AUGUUCCACUACGUCCGCGGCAUUCCCUUUGAGUUCAACGGCGGAGCCUUCGACAACCUCAACAUGUGGGAGCAGAUCGACGAUGGCGCCCAGUACACUCCCGCCAAGAAGUUUCUUCUCAGCGUUCCCAUCAUGCUCUUCCUGCUGAGCACCCACUACACACACUAUGAUCUCGCAUACUUUAUCAUUAAUUUCAUGGCCCUCUUGGCGGUUGUUAUUCCGAAGCUCCCCUUUAGCCACCGCAUGCGCGUCGGCCUCUUUCAGAGCAGCACGCCCGACGAGUAG